CUUCGAACACGUCGUACUCUUGUAUCAAUGAUGAGGUGUAUGUGAUUAGGCACCGUGCCCGAAUAUAUGCUUUAUCCUUCGCCAUGGGUCCAACCGUUCACCAAGUUGCCCAAAUCUUCGAAGACGCCGAUAACGAGCCUCAACAGAGAGGGCGCAGACUGAACCAUAGCCGCGCCCCAUCGGUUGGAGACGUGCUGAGAGGACGACGAAAAGAGAAUUGCAGUCCUAGCAAAAUUCAAAGACAGCCAGAUCGUGACGCCGCCAAUUCUGCGAGUCCCCUCGGCGAGCGACACAUCAACAGCCCUCCACCACCGAAGAGAAUUCCUACCAAGACUGGUGAUGAGCCUCUAUCCUCUCAACGUCCCGCGCACAAGAAGACGGGAAGCUCUGUGUCAUUGAAAGGAUUCAUACGAGGCAAAGAGAAGGGUCUCGCAUGUGACGCUGUCUCAUCGACGGAAGAACAAGUGGCAGAGAAGAAGCCUAAGAAGACCAAAUCAGCCACCAAUUUGACGGGUCUGCUGAAGAGGAAAUCAAAGAAGGAUCUCCGGGAAGAAUCACACAGUCAAGAAAACAAAGCACCGUCCGGUCAAACUCCAGCUGAGACUCCGAUCUGGUCACAGUUUGCAACACAACCACUUGAGAGCCCAGACGGCAUCAUGCUUUAUCCGAAGAGAAGGACGAUCGAGGAGGAGAUCAGAUUGUAUACACCGAAAGACUACUCGGAGUUUCGUCCUUCGGAGCAGAGAAAUUUUUAUGGUUACAGUUCCGCCAGCCCAUCGUCGGUGGAUUACAAGCCACCGCAGCGACCAUUCCUGGAGCACAAGUCUAGUAGAAGCUCCAUAUUCACGGAAAACCUCGACGAUGAACCACAGCCUGAGUUGAAGAAGCUACUGACCCGAGACCAGAAUGCCAGCCGACCAAGCUCAUCGUCAACCCCGGUCGAGCGCCCUCCUCUCUCGACUCGCUCGUCGGAAUCGUCUCAGGCCGACAACAAAGGCAAAAGAGGAUCACGGGUGUUCGAAGCCAUCCAAAGCUUCAACAUGAAGGGUCGUCGGGACGACCGCAAGACGGCUGGUAUAACCACUGGAACUACGCCACCUCUCAGCCCUCAAGAACUCGACACCGCGUUCGAAAAGGUGUUAGACUCCUUAAACAUACCCUUGAAUAUGCGCGACAACAUGCGAAGUCUCAAACCAGACGUGAAAGCCGGUCUGAUGAAGGGAGAUCGAAUUGGCAGCGGUUCGUCAACAAAUUCUGCCUGCCAGGAUGCAUCAGAAGUUCGUUCUUCGGCUAGAAGUCCCAACAAGAAGGAGAAUGAGCGGCCAAGCAGCGAAGGUGACGACGGCAAGGAGGGCAAGAGAUCUCGCUCUCGAUCCCGACCUCGAAGCCGUAUUCUGACACUGUCGAGACGCGACGAAAAUUCGCCGACCAAGCAAGAGGGAGCAGGAUCAUCAUCGAGAUCUCGUAGUAAGAGCAGGAACAAGUCAGCGGACCUGGCGAGUUCCCGACCGACGUCCUCACGAGCCAUGGCGUCGACUGCUUCACUUGCAACUUUGAACCCAGCAGACAGUGCUUCAACACCAGGCGACUUUAUCCACUAUCUCCGAGAAGUACAAAAACCAGAGCUGGUUGAAGUCAGCAAGUUGCACAAAUUGCGAAUCCUGUUGCGGAAUGAAUCGAUCAGCUGGACGGAUCAUUUCGUAACCAAAGGAGGCAUGGACGAGCUUGUGCAGCUGUACUACCGCAUCACCAAGAUUGAGUGGCGGGAAGAGCACGAAGACAGUCUCCUUCACGAGACUCUGCUCUGUCUCAAAGGCCUAUGUACGACGUCUCUUGCUCUACGUCGACUUCAGGAAGUGGAAAAGGAAUUCUUCCCGGCUCUUUUGGGCAUGUUGUUUGAUCCAGAGCGAAAGGGUCCGGCCGAGUUCAAUACAAGAGGGGUGAUAGUUUCGCUUUUGUUUGCUCACUUGUCUGCUGUCGUCAAUGGUAGUCAGAAGCAGAUCCAAGAACGAGCAGAAACAGUUCUCGGCCUCCUGAAGGACCCAGGCCCGGAAGACGGCAAACAGCCAUUGGAUUUUGUUUCUCAGAUGCAUGUCCCUCGACCAUAUCGCGUUUGGUGCAAAGAGGUUGUUAAUGUCACAAAGGAAGUCUUCUGGAUUUUCCUCCAUCACCUCAAUGUCGUUCCUAUCAUGGGGGCCGACGAAUCCGUUGGAUACUUUCGAGCACAUUUCCCGGCUCCCCGUCCACCACACCCUGCCGCUCCAUACGUCGGUGGGGUUGAGUGGGAAGCCACUCAAUAUCUUGCUAUUCAUCUGGAUCUGCUGAACGGACUUAUUGCUGCUUUACCAACAUCAGCCGAACGAAAUGCACUGCGAGAAGACCUCAGACAGUCGGGAUUUGAGAAGGUCAUGGGUGGCAGCUUGCGCACAUGCAAGGAGAAAUUCUACGGAGGUGUGCAUGAAGGAUUGAAAUGUUGGGUCUCGGCAGCAAAGGCAGAUGGUUGGCCAACCGAGGAUGUAAGGGCAGGACCACCACGCGAAGCUGCUAGUCCACGAAAGAGUCCCAUCAAGAAGAAGACCGACGAGCCUCCUCAGCUUGCCUUGGAUGUGGGUCUUGGUCAGGUGCAAAUGCCCAAGGCUGAUGUUGACUGGAUUUGAGACUGGACCAAAGAGAUUUGUGUGUGGCAAGCUAAUUAGCUCGGUGAGACACCGUUAAGCGGAGUGGUUGUGUCGUCGAAGGGGAAGAGGGUCAUGACUUGAUGACAUUGGCGUAUGUUUGUCCUGGAAACGUCACUUGGGAGUCAAGGUGUAAAGGUGUGAUUAUUGGUUUCCGUGGCAUAGGUAGGACAGUGUGUAUCGAUUGUCCAAUAUGAUGAAUUCGUCCUCG